AUGCCUUCCAAAUACCAGCUGACCAGUCAAAGCUUGGGACCUGUGCUGCUGUAUGCACUGCUGAUGACCACUACCUACGGAUUGGAGGGUGACCCAUCGCAGACAUUGGAAACUUGUGGAAGCCAGAAGAAUCCCAACAACAAUGUCGUUGAUUUAAGCGACCCUGUCACGCCAGGGCCAUUUUGUGAUCUAACCACUAGCGAACUACAGAAGUUACGUCUGUUUCUGGAGAAGGAUCCGAACAUCAGAGCUUCGAGUGAAGAGCCUCCAAGAGUCAACGCCAGCUACAUCCACUCUGUAGACUUGCUGGUGCCACCCAAGGCUGAAGUGCUCAAAUACCUGGACACACCUGGAGCCAAACAACCAAUCAGAAAGGCCCGUGUGGUUGUUUCGAGAGGAGACAAGAAUCCGCCUGUUUUUGAAGAAUACGUUUGCUGGCCACUUCCGAACGUCGACAAUUGUUCAUUGUUGGUGUGGAAGUCCAGAAGGAAUCCUGUAGAUUUUGCCUACAGGCCUACAGUAGGCAUAGACAAUGAUAUAAUAAUGCAGUAUAUAUUUCCAGAAGUGGAUCGUCAAGUUGGUCACAUUCUGCAGGAAAGUUACGGAGCUACAUUUACAACCUGCAAACAGCAGAAAGAUUGUCUGAGUUUUCAGCCAUCUAUGGUCGGGUCUGGAUUGCUGCAGGAAGCCAAAAGAUUGACCUGGUAUUCUGCGGCCUAUAAUCUUCCAUACUUCUCGAGUCACAUACUGGACUUCGCUGUCUGUGUGGACACAACUAGCCCUGACCACACUCAGUGGUCAGUGGUCAAGCUGUGGUACGCCAACGUUGUCUAUGACAGCUACCAAAGUCUCAUUGACAGUUACGAUAGCGGACGAAUUAACAAAACAAAAGUCACCCGGCCAGUAGACGAUGAAAACUUGUUUUCGAGCCUAAAACGUCGAGGCGAAUUCCAGCCGCCCAAACCACAGCGGCCACCAACAGUUGUGGAACCUGAUGGCAAAAGAUACUCGGUCAAGGAUAGAAAGGUUAAUUAUUUGGACUGGAGCUUCAACUUCCGGCUCUCAGCCCUGACUGGCCCAGCUGUCUAUGACGUCAGAUUCAAGGGCCAGAGAAUUGCCUACGAACUGGGCUUGAGCGAGAUCGCAGUGUUUUAUUCUGGCCACGCAGCUUCUGGGCAAACGACCAACUAUGUGGACAGUGGCGAGUAUUUGGGCAUCAACUCUAGAGCACUGGUUCCUGGAGGUGACUGUCCGGAGACAGCAACUUUGAUUAAUUCAGCGUUCAUGUCGAUCAAGAAGCGGGAGCCAGAAGUCUACAAGGCUGCACAGUGUCUGUUUGAACACAACAAUGGCUACCCACUGAGGCGACAUCUAGCAUACCAGUUUGAAGAAGGAUCAUUCUAUGGUGGAAUGUUAGACUAUGUGCUGACACUCAGGUCUGCGCUGACCAUUGGCAAUUACGAUUACAUCAUCGACUUUAUCUUUCACCACAAUGGAGUUGUAGAGACCCGGUUGAUGAGCACAGGAUACAUACAGACUCUGUUCUACGCAACAACAGAACGACCAUACGGAUUUAAUAUCCACCAGAACACGUUAGGGAACGUCCAUCAUCACCUGGCUCACUUCAAAGCUGACGUUGACGUGGGCGGCACAUCAAACAGAUAUGAGACUUUAGACAUCUCGGAAGAAAGGGUCGCCUUGACAGCUUUCCCGGACCUACAAUAUUCUCAGACCAGGUUCAAGGCCAGCCUGAAGAAAACAGAGCUGCAGGCUGUGUAUGACUUCAACUUUAACAAACCUAAGUAUCACGUGGUACACAACAACGCAAAGAGAACAGACAGAAAUGAAAUCAAAGGAUACAGAGUUCAAAUGAAUUGCGGCUCAAAGAAUCUCGUUGCUGAAGAUUUUGGUAACGAGAAAACCGUGUCCUGGGCACGAAAUCAGAUGGUUGUCACCAGACAGAAGGAUGACGAGAUCUCCUCCAGUUCUAUUUACGGCAUGCACGACAGUCUGCAACCAACCGUCGACUUUACGACAUUCUAUAGCGACAACGAAACUAUUGUUGACCAGGACCUUGUGUUCUGGAUCACGGCCGGCUUACAUCACAUUCCCCACACGGAGGACUUCCCUGUGACCCCUACGGUUGGCAACCACCUGACCUUUUUAUUGCUGCCUUUCAACUACUUCCCAGAAUGCCCCUCCAUGGGGUCACGUGAUGCCAUCUAUGUUGAACAUAAAGAUCCUGAUCAUCACGAACUUGGGGUAAAAGUUGAAAGAAACGGCAACUCCAGGGAACAGUGCGUCAUGCCCAGAUCAACGUUGGAAGAAGACUUGGCCAAAGACCCGAAUCAGAUUCUGCAAAGCUGA